AUGUCGAAGUUGCGGCGACUGCUGCAAAGAUUGGGAGUUAAGCGUAAUGAUUGCUUUACAUUACCUGUAUUCGCUGAGGGCUCCAUUUCCAGCAAGGAAUUGCACCAGAUACGCUCGCAAGAGGCGAACCGAGUUGAGCGCUCAGGCGUGGACUACGAAUGUAAAGAAGAAGACGGCACAACUGCCGACUACGGACCCUGCGCGGCGAUCGACGAGUCCGCCAUAAUGAACGUCACCACUGGUUUAUGGGGCUGCCCCACAUCCCCACCACCGUCUCUCUCUAAAUACGCGGACGCUUCCGUGGAGCUAGCUGCAGCUGAACAAAGCGUGCACGUUUGGGUCUCUCCGCCUUCUGGAUCGGAUCUGGAACAUCGGGGCGACAAUUUCACCCUUCGGAGGUUCAUCCGUACAGACCCUCACUAUCGACAAUAUCAAUUUUCAUUGUCUCUUGCCGUGGCUCUGAGACUUGAAAAUCUGGAAAUGGUCAAGUGGCUGUCGAGCAAGUUUCCUGGUUGCCAAGUGAAAGACGGCCCAGCGAUGCUUCAGGCCAUGCUCACGGGCUGCAAGAAGGACGGGUUUCUGCGAUUUCUGUACGAGAAAGACAGUAAUUUGCACCACGAAUUGGCUGGGGUGGGGCACCCCGUUGAGUGGAGGAGUUCGAUCAUGUCGAGGGCUGCAGCUUGCGACCUGGUCUGGUGGAUCCACCGCCACUUCCCACGGGAGCUGCACGACUUGGACAAGACUUUGGAUGAAGCAGUUCGUGCCGCUGACAUUGCAUUGGCAGAGUGGCUGCUGUCACGUGGAGCUAGGUGGAUACGGAGAGAGGGGAACAUUCAGCUCGCUCACUUUGUUGCGCUAAAAGGGUGGCUUGAUUUGGUGCAGUGGCUAGAAGAGCAAGACCAGGUCGGUGAAGCUGAUGGGCUCAUCGUCGUGGCUGCUGAAAAUGGGCACCUAGAGGUUGUGCGCUGGGUGAUCGAUCGCGUUACGAGAAGCGGGAGUAACGUAUUGCUCAACAAGAUUAAAGCGGAAGUGGGUAUCUCUAUUCAUGGGGCCGCUGCACUUGGAUGUUGCCAAGUACCUUCGAGCGGCUGA